UGGUGAUGAAGUGAAGUCAGUGUCAGUGAUGGAGGGAGAUUCUGUUACUUUAAACACUAAUAUUACUGAAAUACAGAUUAAAGAUGAGAUGGAGUGGAUGUUUGGUGUUGAGAGUCCAGAUGAGAUCAUAGCUCAAUUCAUCAGAGAAGACAAAACAACAUCAUUUAAUGAUGAAAGAUUCAAGAAUCAUUUAUAUCUGAAUCAUCAGACUGGAGAUCUCAUCAUCACAAACAUCACAAACAAACACACUGGACUUUAUAAAGUAGAGAUCAACAGACAACCUUCUGUCAUCUUCAGACACUUCAAUCUUACUGUUUAUGCUCAUCUGCCCGUUCCUGUCAUCUUCAGAAACUCCACACAAAGCUCAAACUGUGUGUUGUUGUGUUUAGUGUAUAAUGUGAGAGAUGUGAGAGAUCUGAGUCUGUCCUGGUAUAAAGGAAACAGUUUAUUGUCCAGCAUUAGAUUCUCUAACCUUGAUACAAGCGCAUUUCUUCAUUUGGAGGUUGAAUAUCAGGAUACAAACACAUACAGAUGUGUACUCAACAAUACCAUCACAAACCAAACUCAACAUCUCAACAUCACUCAACUCUGUUCAGCUGUGAUUCGAUUGGUCGUCUCUGCUCUGGUGGGUGUGGCUGCUGUUGUUGUUCUAGUUUAUGACAUCAGAUCUUGA